AUGGCUAUGCCACCAUAUGAUAUUCAGAUCGCCAUAACCAUCUUCGCCAACGUACCUGCUCUUCCGUACCUCAUCUUCGCAGCCCGCAAGCUUCUCAAGGAUGGGGAUCCGUCUGCCCUUCUCAUGUCUCUUGGCGGCUUCCUUGCCUGUGGAUGGGAGCCUGUGGUAGACGUGCUAGGAAACUGUUUCUUUCCAGCGGAGAAUCAGAUCGUCGGGUUUGAGUUUCUGGGACGUCCUAUUCCGGUUUUCGUGCCCCUCACCUACCUAUGGUUCGUUGGUGGGAUGGGAUACUGGUGCUUGUCGGUUCUGCGAAACCCAAACACAACGAGGUUAGAUCUUUGGAAGCUUUGGCUCAAAUACGUCGCCAUUAACGGUCUUCUCGAGUAUCCUCCCCUUUAUUUUGGCAUAUACACAUACUACGGAUACCAGCCAUUCCAAGUCGGGGGCUUUCCAUUGUGGUUCCCCUGCGUCAACGCCUCCGCUCCGAUUGUAGCAGCAACACUUACAAAUCUCCUCAGCCCGUACCUGGAAGGGUGGAGGAGCUACGCCAUAAUCACCACAUCUGCAACAGCAUUCGGAAUCUCUCAUGCUGCGUUUGCCUACCCAAUGUGGCUGGCCCUGAGCACGGACAAGGGCUACUAUGUUACCUAUCCCGCUGUAAUUAUUACCUUCGUUCUCAUCACUACGGCUAUCUGGAUCAUGUCCCUUCCACUGCCGGAAUACCGCUCCGUUCAGUUGAAUGGCAAAACACAGCCACGUCGAUGA